AUGCCGCUCAUCAGCUCCCCGCGCCGCGCCGUCCUCCGCCGCGCGCGGGCGCUGCACGCGCUCCUCGCGGUCUCCGCCGCGCCCUCCGCGCGCUGGCCCACCACGUUCGUCGUCAACCAGCUCCUCGCCCUCUACGCCCGCCUCUCCGCGCUCCCCGACGCGCUCGCGCUCCUCCGCGCCACGCCGCGCCCCUCCGUCGUCUCCUUCAACACCGUCCUCUCCGCGCUCUCCCGCGGCUCCCCGCCGCGCCACGCGCCGCACGCCGCCUUCCGGCUCUUCGCCCAGCUGCACGCGUCCGGGCUCCGCCCCACCGCGCCCAGCCUCUGCGCGCUCCUCCGCGCCGCCGGCGCGGCCCGCGACGGCCGGGCGGGCGCCGCGGCGCACUCCCAGGCCCUCGCGCUCGGCUUCCUCGCCACCGACAUCGUGCCCACCGCCCUGCUGCAGAUGUACUGCGAGUGCGGGGCGCCGGGGCACGCCCACCGCGUGUUCGACGAAAUGCCCACCCGGGACGUGGUGGCUUGGAACUGCGCGAUCCACUGCAGCGUGCGGUACGGCAACCUCGCUCGUGCCCUCCACCACUUCCGCGGGAUGGUGCGGCGUGGGCUGGCACCCACCGAGAGCACGCUAUCGUCGGUGCUGAGUGGGUGCGCACGCGCCGGAGAUAGCCGAGGGGGCCGCGCGCUGCAUGGAUGGGUGGUGAAGUCGGACGAGCUGGACCCCGACACGCCGCUGCAGAACGCGCUGCUGGGCAUGUACUCUGGCUGCGGCGAUCUGGGCACCGCGCUGCGUGUGUUUGACAGGAUCGAGGCACCCGACUUGGUGUCGUGGAACACUCUGAUCGCUGGGUUUUCUGGUGCUGGGGAUGGAUGGAGCGCCAUGGAUGCUUUCGUGCGGCUCAAGGACCCGCCGUUUGGUGAACCGGUUGCACCUGAUGAUUACACGUUUGCAGCUCUAGUGUCUGCUGCUGCUGCUUUACCCGCAAUGCAAAGUGGAAUGCCGAUUCACGCUCAAGUGGUCAAAUCUGGGUUUGAGAGCAGCGUCUUUGUAGGGAAUACGCUGAUCAAUAUGUAUUUCACAAACGACAGGGCAGAGUCAGCGCGAGUUUUGUUCGACUCCCUUGCCGAGAAAGAUGUGAUUAUGUGGACCGAGAUGGUGGCGGGCCACUCUUCGUUGGGCGAAGGUGAAUUGGCCUUGAAAUACUUCAUUAGCAUGCUUCAGGAAGGGUACAAGGUUGACAGCUUCUCUCUGAGCAGUGCUUUGAACUCCACGGCAGAGCUUGCAGGUCUUAAACAAGGAGAGAUGCUCCAUGCUCAAGUAGUAAAAAGUGGUUAUGAAGGGAAUAUCUGUGCCUCUGGAAGCCUGCUUGACAUGUAUGCGAAAAAUGGUGCUCUUGAAGGUGCCUAUUUAGUGUUCUGUACCAUACAAAAGCGAGAUUUGAAGAGUUGGAAUUCCAUGAUAGGGGGAUAUGGCAAUUAUGGGAAUUCAGAAAUGGCAUUUAAGCUAUUUGGUGAGAUGAUUCAUGAUGAGCUGCAACCUGACCAUGUAACUUAUAUCUCCCUCCUUUCUGCAUGCAGCCACUGUGGACUAGUUGAGAAAGGGAAAUUUUAUUGGUAUUGUAUGAUGACUGAUGGUAUUAUGCCAGGGUUCAAGCACUACAGUAGCAUGGUGAGUUUGUUGAGUAGGGCAGGUUUAUUGGAGGAAGCACUUGAUUUACUGGUGAAAUCCCCAUUUGCCAAGCAAUGUCCUGAGCUAUGGAGAAUUCUGCUAAGCUCUUGUGUAGCAUUAAAAGAUUUGUCCAUUGGUGUUCAUGCUGCUGAACAGGCACUAGAGCAAGACCCAGAUGACAUGUCAACACAUAUAUUGCUUUCAAACCUUUAUGCUGCUGCAGGGAAGUGGGACAUUGUAGCUGAAAUUAGGAGAAGGAUCAGAGGAAUGAUGGUUGAGAAGGAACCUGGGCUGAGCUGGAUUGAGAUUCAAAAGAUGGUUCAUGUGUUCUCUGCAGAUGAUGAAUGCCAUACUCAAAUAGAUGACUGUCGUGCCGAGUUGCUUAGACUUAAGGGAAACAUGCAAUUGUUGAAUACUUCUGAAAAUGAAUUGCUGUUAAGUGGCUAAGUUGCCAUGAAUAGAUUUCAGUUAGAGAGCAUUUGACUUGCUUUUCUUUGAGGACUGAUGGUUGAUAAGGACCCUGGGGUGAGCUGUAUUAAGCUUAAAAAUAUGAUUCUUGUCUUAUCUGCAGUGCUGAUGGUUGGAAAGGACCCCAAUGGUUGAAAAAUAUAGUUGUGAAAAUGUUUGUUCCCAUUUGGCGAAGUUGCCAUGAACAGACUUCAGUUAAAAGAGAAUUUGACUGCUUUCCAUUGCCCCGGCUAGUAAAUUGAUUUAUGGUACAACUUUCAGUGUAAAAGUUGAGCAAAAGAAAUGAGGUUUACUUAUCAAGGCAAUCUCAAUUUAAGAUCCAACUUAGAACUGUUAGGUGUUAGCGGAUUGAAGAUUCUUUAUAGUCAAGCAGCAUCAAACAUGUUACAGAGGCGGAAGUAACUCAUAGCAAUAGAACAUAAGUCUGGCUUACUUUUUUUGGUCCCUCUAGAGACUAGGUACAUACUAAGCAUUGGAUUGACCAGCUGACAGUUCUCAAGUCUGCUUUUAAAAAGGGAAAUCGUUUCAACAAAUGCUACAUCGCUGCGGUGUUUCUUGCAUUAAUAUGUUUGUUUGAUUCUGUUUCAGUCUGUCACUCUGUCUGUGAUCAGCAGCAAAGUUUCGAGUUAUAGUUAUUUCUAGAACAGUGGUUAGCAUUUUCCAGGUGUUCUGGUUGAUUCUACGAUAGACAUAAACUGAUGAAUAUUGAAAAUUACUGGGCAAGGUAUCCCAGAGCUUACACUGGAAUUGUUCUAAUAGAACACUAAUUGUUCAGAUUUAACUAAUGUCAUGAUGUUCCCGAGUUACCUGUCUCAGUUAAGAGCUCCCAAUCAGAUGAUGAAUUCCAUACUCAGAUAGAUGGCUGUCAUGACGAGUUGCUUAGACUUAAGGGAAACAUGGAUUUGUUGGAUAGUUCUUAAAAGGCUUUGCUGUCAAGUGGCUAAUUUGCCAUGAACAGAUUUCAAUUAAAGAGCAUUUGACUUGCUUUUCUCUGAAGACUAAUGGUUGAUAAACCCUGAGGUGAGCUGUAUUAAGAUUUAAAAUAUGAUUCUUGCCUUCUCUGCAGGGCUGGUGGUUGGAAAGGGCACAAUGGAUGGAAAUAUAGUUGUGAAAAUGAGUUCUCGCCAAGUGGCAAAGUUGCCAUUAACAGAUUUCUGUUAAAAGCGAAUUUGACUGCUUUCCUUUGUCCCAGCUAGUAAACUGAUUUAUGGUAAGAUUUUGAGUGCAAGAGUUAGCAAAAGAAACAAGGUUUACUUAUCAAGGGACAGCUUCAAUUUAAGGUUCCAACUUAACACUGUCAGGCGUUAGCACCAUUGAAUAAAAAAUGCAUUACAGUAAAGAAGCAUCAAACAUGUUACAGAGGUGGAAGUAACUCAUAGUAAGGGGACAUUAGUGUGACUAUUUUUUUUUGGUCCCUCCAGAGACUAGGCACACACUAAAUAUUGGAUUGACCAGCUGACAAUUGCUCGAGUCUGCUUAUAAAAAGGAGCUAGUUUUGACCAAUGCUACAGUGUCUUGCAUUAUAAUGUCUGUUUGAUUCUAUUUCAGUCUGUCUGUGAUCAGCAGAAAAGAUUCGAGCUAUAGUUAUUUCUAGAAUAGUCGUACCUAAAAGCCCUGUGAUGCCCUCUUUUGGUGUUUAAAUUGAUGUUGCUUGUUGAGUAUCUAUUUGGACAAGGGUUUCUUGAGUUUUCAGUUUAAGCAUUCUCCAGUUGCGACAUCUUGUUCUGUAACAUGAACUGAUGAACAUUCAAAAUUACUGGGCAAGAUAUACCUGAGCAUACACUUGAAUUUUUGUAAUAGAACACAAAACUGUUCAGCUUUAACUAACGUCAUGAUGUUCCUGAGUUACCUGUGUCCCAGUCAAGUGCUCCCAAUCAGGUAAGCUGGCUAAGGUCUGAUAUUCCUUUCUUUAUUGGUCAAAGCAUGACAUUUAGACUUUGAUUAAUUAUUUUUUGUUGGUUUCAGCAACACAUAUGAUUUUACAUACCCUCAUUAAAACCAAAGCAAAAUACUUCCAAAUUUAUAGUUUAUUACCGAGUCCUAAUUGGGUAAUCAUAUCGAUCCAAAAUCCUUGUACGUAAUUCUAACUUCCUCUAAAUGAAAAGGCUGCAAACCUGCAUGUUUCUAAAAAAUAAUCGAUCCAAAAUUGCUCUCUUGAUAUUUAGCUGUGAAUCACGGUUUAAUUGCCAGCAGGUGGAUUGCUUAAUAAAUGUAAGGUGGUAAGUAAAAUUCAAGGAAUCUUGUUGCCAGUUUGGAACUUUAUCCAGUACGGGUGUGAUAGAACUGCCUACAUUUCUUGUUUUGAUAUUUUCUUGCCAGUCAGGAACUUGUGCAGUUCCAGCGCAAUAUGCCACAGAACUACCUGCAAUUAUUGUUUUCAUGUUUGUAUGAAUCUUACAUAAUUCUGUAGCCCCUUCAGUGUAUCCAAUAGCUAUAAAUUCACUAGGUGGAGGAAAUUAUGAACCUGACAUACUCCACUCUAAAAUAGCAGAAUAUACUUGUUUA